GGAAGUGCGGCGCAGAUGCGGAGUGUGUUUGUGGAGCGUUUGUCUGUCUGUCCGGUGUCCCGCGGCGGUGAGGCUGAAGAUGUCGGAGCCCGGUAAACACGAGAUCAGCGCGGUGCUCAAGCGACUGCGAGCCGCUGCUGCCAACAAGGUGUGUUUCGACUGCUCAGCGAAGAACCCCAGCUGGGCCAGCAUCACAUAUGGUGUGUUUCUGUGUAUCGACUGCUCUGGCACACACCGCUCUCUGGGGGUACACCUGUCCUUCAUCAGGUCUACAGAGCUGGACUCUAACUGGUCCUGGUUUCAGCUGCGCUGUAUGCAGGUGGGAGGGAACGCCAGUGCGAAUGCCUUCUUCAGUCAGCAUGGCUGCAGCAGCAGCAGUGCAGCGAACGCUAAGUACAGCAGCAGAGCGGCGGCGCUCUACAGAGACAAGAUCAGGGCUCUGGCCAAUCAGGCCACCCGACAGCACGGCACUGAGUUGUGGCUGGAUGCUCAGGCUCCUCUCUCUCCCUCCUCUCCGCUGGACAAACAGGAGGACUUCUUCACUCAGCACACACAGAGCGCUCUGCCUGACACAGUCCAGCUGAAUACCAGCCAAUCACAGAGGAGAGUGCAGGAUAACAACAAUAACGCGAAGAGUGAAGCGGGACCCAGUGUGGAGCAGCUCAGUGUGUCUCCAGUCCAGUCUGCUGCAGAGCCGCUGUCUCUGUUGAAGAAGAAGCCGGCCGCAGUGAGGAAGUCAGCGGGCGGCGGCAGGAGGGCAGGUCUGGGCGCACAGAAGGUCAGCAGUCAGAGCUUCACACUGCAGCAGAGGAGAGCUCAGGCCGAGGACAGACUGACGGAGCAGAGGACCAGCACCGCUCCUGACCACAGUGUGUGGUCAGUGAGCCGUGUGCAGCAGGCUGUGGAUGUUCAGCACAGUGCUCAGGACAGCAGCAGCAGGAUGAAGCAGCAGCAGGAGGAGCGGCUGGGCAUGGGGCUCAGCGGACGCAGUGGUCUGUCCCACUCGGUGACGGAGGACAUGCAGACGAUCAUCCAGCAGGACUGUCCAUCUCUGAGCUCCAGGAGAGUGUAUGAGGAGGACGAGCAGCAGGAGGACACACACUUCUGCUCCAGAGCUCUAGAUGAAGGCCGCGGCUCCUCAGAUCUGUUCUUCUCUCAGUGGAGCUCAGAGAAGCAGAGCAGGAUGAAGCCGGAGUCUGACUACUGUGUGGAGGAUGAGCACAGGGCCUCAGCGAGGAGGAAGGAGCCUCAGUCGGUGUGUGAUGACGCUCAGAGGAAGUUUGGAGAUGCUAAAGCCAUUUCCUCAGACAUGUUCUUCGGGACGCAGGACCGCUCAGAGUACGAGGUUCGAGCUCGACUGGAGAACUUCUCCAGCAGUUCUGCCAUCAGCUCGGCUGAUCUGUUCGAUGAGCAGAAGAAAGCUGCAGGCUCCAGCUCGUACCGUCUGAGCAGUGUUCUGUCCUCGGUGCCGGACAUGACCCAGCUGCGGAGUGGAGUGCGGUCUGUGGCCGGGAAGCUGUCGGGGAUGGCCAGCGGCGUCGUGUCCACCAUACAGGACCGCUACAGCACCUGAUGGGUGGCUGUGUGCUGCAGAUAUCCUCUAUCGAGCGCUGUUGUUGGGGGUUUACAGUAGUGUGUCGAGCGCUGACUGAACCGUUCUGGACCGAACUCAUCUUUCUACAUGAAGAGGAGUGUUUACUAGGCUUUAUAUUGCACUACUCCUGCUGUUCAUACUACAGCGAGACUAUAAUCAGAGCUUUAUUAGAGGUGUGGAAUGAAGACGGUGAUAGAAUUAGCAUAGAGCACAGCGCACACACACAUGUGGGAAUAAUGAAGAGAAUAAUAAUGAAGAUGAUCCAGUCUUAUUCA